CUCUACUGCGGCAUUGCCUGCUACAAGGCAUCGUUAAGCAUCAGAAUAGCAGAGAGGGAUUGAGCGCCACAAGGAGAAGAGGAAAGAUAAGCGCGGCGGCGCCGCCGCCACACCCAACCCUCCCGCCGAGUAACAGCAGAUCAGCUCCCAAGAAGGCUAGGGUUCAAGCCACCUCUUCUUCGGGAGAGUAUAAUCUGAAGAGUAACAGCAGACCAGCUCCCAAGAAGGCUAGGGUUGAAGCCGCCUCUUCUUCGGGACAGUCUAAACUGAAGUCUAACAGAAGAUCAGCUCCCAAGAAGGCAAGGGUUCAAGCCACCUCUUCUUCGGGACAGUCUAAUCUGAAGACUUUUGAGUUAUUCUGGUACAGUUCCCAAUACUCAGGUUGCCUUAACUUCAGGGUGAACGCGUUGUCCCCAAGAUCAACGUACCGAGCAUGAUUUAGCAUCAUGGAAGCUGAUAAGGAUAAAUCUAUGCAUAAACUGAGGGUUCGUAUCUAGUACGACUGUAGUCACAAUGGUUGUUCAUCUGAGAAAAUGGGUGAUGUGGACAAAGAAAAGGAUAUUGACAGAAAGUCAUAUACAUGGAAAGACCUCCAUUCUGACUUGCACAACUGGGCCAUUUAUGACUCCAAACAACACAUAAUUGUCUUCAAAGAAUUGAAGAUGGAAAACGGAGAGGAUGACUUGGUGUUUGGAGAACUUGAGAAAAACAUCAGCGUGCACGUUAUUGUGAAGGAUAAGAACAAUCGCAAACCCAUGGGACAUCUAAAUAAAUCCCUCAAUUGUUAUGCAAAUUCAGUCCUACAAUGCUUAAAGGCCACUGAAAGUUUUUCGAAGUAUCUUUCUGGAGAUGAUUAUGGGAAAACAUGUCCUGAAGAGGGUGAUUUGUGUGUAUCUUGCUGUUUGCGAAGAUACCUUCUAGAGGACUUACAAAGUUCAACAGCUUUUCUUCCUACUAUGAUUCUUAAUCGUUUGGAAGAUUUAGGUGAUGACUUUAAGAAUAACCGUCUUGGUUCUCAGUUCAGCGCUGAUGAAUUUUUGUGCGCAAUAUUGUCAAAAUUUCCUGCAGAGAAGCACCCCAAAAAUAUAGACAUAUAUGAGCAGCUAUUUUCUGGAACAUUACUAACAGAGCAUGUAUGCGAAUGUGGAUUCAAAAAGGCAGGCGAAACUAGAGAUUUCCAGAUGUUGGAAAUUCCUAUCAAGCUUGAGGAUCAAGUUGGCUUCAAAAGCUUAAAAGAAUGCAUGGAUGCGUUCACUAUGAAAAAACCAUUGAAUUCUCGAUGUGAAGGAUGCUCACUCCACAAAAAGAGUGAGGAAACUCGAAUCGUGGCUUGUCCAGAAAUAUUGAUCAUAUGUCUUGGUCGACCUGUUGGUACUGGUGAAGGUUCUACUAAGCUCGUACAUGAUGUUGACUGCCCCAUGGAUUUCGACUUUUCACCUUAUGUGAGUGCUAAUGGAGGAGUCGAACAAAAGUAUGACUUAUAUGGAGUCAUUCAUCAUAGGCAGUAUGGCCCAAAAGGUGGGCACUAUUGGUGCUUCACCAAGUAUAAUGGAGAAUGGUACGAGAUCAAUGACGAACGGGUUACAUCUAUCACUAAGGAGGGUGUAGAAAAGAAAACAAAGAAAGUUAUAUCUUUUUCUAUAAAAGGAAAAUGGGAGAACAUUCUGAACCACAUGGCGAGCGUGCAACUGAAGACGACAUCCCAAGACGGACGGACGCUGAUCCCUUACUUUUCAGGCCCCCACCUGAUGAAGCAGAUACCCCCAGCCUAUCUGAUAAGUUGAUUAAAGGACGCUUCUUAAAUCCUUUUAUGGACACGAAUCAACGUUUGACAGAGAAGUACGUCAUAGUAGAAGAUUGUCCUCCCUCAGUGAUAAUUGAGAGGAUAAAUGAAAAACUUGAGGGUUGUACCAAAAAGAAACACAAGUUCAUUGUGCCAGAGUUGGGAGAUACAGUUUAUGAUGAAGAAUUGCAAGCAUACUGUUGCCUUAGGGGGGAUGGUUUCAAAACAUACUGUUCCACCAAAAAAGCAACUAAAGCAAAAGCAAAGCAAAUUUACGAAUUUCUCACAGCUAUCCGAGCACACUUCUAUGACACGUCAGUGGACAAGAGGGGGUUAUUUUAUGAGCUGACUCCAUUGUUUAUUAAACCUUAUCUAAUUGAUGGCAUAGUGGAUAUAGUGUGUAUUCUACUCCAAGCGACAAGAUGGUCAUUUGGUGUCAACGUUGAUGCUAAGGGAUUGAUAAUUGGUCCUGUGUGUGCGACUUGCGGUAAACGUCUUGCCUAUCCUGGCCGACGUGUUUCAUGUUAUAUAGAUGGGUUGCAAGCCCGGAUAUGCGUACAAGUUGUUGUAGAGAUACAUCUUGGAGGAGAAGAAAUACAAAAGGUAAAAGAAGAUAAAGAUUACAUGAGUAUCUUGUCUAACUACUACUCAUGUGGUUAGCCAGGGUCUCCUCUCCUUGUACGUAAGGUAUAUACGUGAAGAUUAUAUCACGUUUAAUAUCCUCCCUUAAUCACAACUUUAUCAAGUUGAGAUUAUGCUUGAAGUCCUCAAAACUUCUUGUGGGUAAAGCUUUGGUAAAGCCAUCAGCAACUUGGUCUUGAGAGUGAAUAAAUUGAAUAUCCAGAA